UUUUCAAAUGAAUAGGCACUGGUCGGCAGACUCGUCUUCAGCAGUUAAUGGACUGGUGUGGAGGAGAAGCGUUCGAUGGAUGCCUGAUAUUUGACGAGUGUCACAAAGCAAAGCAUUUCAUCCCAGGGAAGGAAGAAAACAGCACCAAAGUAGCUCUUGCUGUAACAACUAUUCAACGACUGUUACCUAAAGCAAGAGUGGUGUACUGUAGUGCCACUGGAGUUACUGAUGUCAAAAAUAUGGCUUUCAUGGAGAGGCUUGGACUGUGGGGAGUAGGGACAGCCUUUCGAUCAUUCCAGUCCUUCCUGGAUUCCAUUACCAAACGAGGUCUAGGUGCAGCAGAGAUGCUGGCUAUGGAAAUGAAGGCAUCUGGAAUGUAUGUCUCAAGGGGCCUGAGCUUCAGACAAGCAGAGUUUAUGAAUGCUGAAGCAGUAUUAACAGAUGACCAAAGAAAAGUUUAUGAUACCUCAGUACAUGUCUGGAAUGAAAUAAAGACAUCCUUGGAGUAUGCAGUCGCAAGGACCAAGUCAGCUACCCCUAGAUUGUGGUCACAGUUCUGGUCCUGUCAUCAGAGGUUCUUUAAACAGCUUUGUAUGAGCAUGAAAGUACCAACCAUCGUGCAAGAAGCCAAGACAGCCCUUCAGAAUAACAUGAGUGUUGUGAUUGGUCUACAAACAACUGGAGAGGCAAGUUUAGAAAGUGAGCUGAAUCGUAACGGAGGAACCAUCAACAGAUUCAUCUCCAUCACAGAGGAGAUCAUGACCAGGUUUAUCUUACAGUUCUUUCCUACUAAGAUAGAGACCAAGGAUGGUACAGUUGUGGAGGACAAGUGGUCUGUCACUGCUAAGUCACUUCUUCUUGGUUUUAUCAAGAAGAUCGGUCUCCCCAUAAGUCCCUUAGAUGACCUCAUCGAUCAGUUAGGAGGCCCAGGUCACGUGGCAGAGAUGACCGGGAGGCGUGGUCGCGUGGUUAGGACUGCCAGUGAUAGAGAACCCCAUUACGAGGCUCGGGAGUCAGACAGUACUCAAGUAGAAAGUCUCAAUAUACAAGAGAGGAAUCAUUUCAUGGAUGGAUCGAAGCUCGUUGCCAUCAUCUCAGACGCCGCUAGUACAGGAAUCUCCCUGCAUUCAGAUCUACGAGUAGCCAAUCAGAAACGUCGAGUCCACUUCACCAUGGAGCUACCGUGGAGCGCUGACAAGGCGGUCCAACAGCUGGGAAGAUCACAUCGGUCCAAUCAGAGAAGUGGACCUAUCUAUAAACUCGUGACAACUAACCUGGGAGGAGAGAGACGAUUCGCUGCUGCUGUUGCUAGGCGACUACAAUCUUUAGGGGCGUUAACCAAGGGUGACCGUCGUGCGGCCACAGGUGCAGAUCUUAAUGAAUUCAACUUUGAUACAAAUUAUGGUCGAUCUGCUCUGAGAAGCAUGUAUCAAUGUAUUAGCUCUAGUAAUUUACAACCUGGGGUGAGCCUUCAACAAGUCAUUGCUGGUGCUCAGAUCUCCACGGCCUACGAACUAGACAGCUUCCAUGAGACCCUAAAGGAAUGUAUUCAGAUGAUGGGACUAGCUGAUCCAGGCAGCAGUACAGUCAAAGAGAAAGACAGCGGUGAUGUUGCUAGAUUCUUGAACAGGAUUCUUGGAUUGAGCGUAGAGCGACAAAAUAUGUUUUUCUCUUAUUUUGUGGAGUGUAUGAACGCGGUUAUCGAGGGAGCAAAACGAGAAGGCAGGUUUAAUGAGGGCGUGACAGACAUAACUGGGUCGUCCAUCAAGAUGAUUGACAAGCCACGCCCAGUCUUCACUGAAGUACAGAAAUGUAUUAUGCCUACACAUCACGUGAUCCUGAACGUUGACCGAGGAGUAGACUGGGAAUCAGCCUUAUCGCGAUUCAACCACAGCUCUAAGGCAGACCUGAAUGGCUUCUACUGCUCCAAGAGAGAACAGAAACACCAACGAUUCUACUUACUGGCAUUACAGAAAGAAUCUUCUACUCAUUUAUUUAAUAUUAUAAGACCAAAUACAGGGCAGUCACCUUUCGAAGAGGAGAAAAAAGACUUGCUCCAUAAAUAUCAAAAGAUCUCUCCUGAAGAAGCUGAGUCGGGAUGGAGAGCUCAAUACGACAAGACCAAAGACUACUGUUUUCACGGACCGAACUGUAAAUCUGGAGCUCUGUGUAGAGUUGGGUGUCGUAUUUCACAAGUCAGUCUUCUCUGUGGUGGAAUUGUACCGAUACUAUCUACACUUGAAUGGGUUGUUGCACGAAAUGCUGAUAAAAUAGGACUAACUCGAGAAAAUAGAACGCUACGAGUCGUCCGCGUCGAGCUUGACGAUGGUCAGCGGUUAGUCGGAUUGCGGUACCCAGAGCAACUUAUUCCGGAAGUGACGUCACUGUUAAAGGAACAACACAUUAACGACAGACUAUUGGAGAAUAAAAGUGGGAGUUUGUCGAUCAAGGACUCACUCAAGUCGACAGCACUGGCAACCGAAGAAUCUGUAGCCGCCAUCAAUAAUAAAACCCUUGCCAAAGCCAUCAACCCUCCGAUCACCAUAAAGACCUUUUUUCGCCCUGUAGAAAGUUCUGAUCAAACAGAAAUCAAGGCUAAAGACGUGGAAAAUCCGGAAUGUAAUCCAGAGAACACGGAUGGUGGGGAACUUGUUGUUGUUGACAAAAGUACGAAAGAUUGCAUCAAAGAGACUAAAUUUAAUGGAGCUCUUACAUCCUCUUAUUUUGGUGCCCCCAAAGCAACGGGAAGCACCGCUUCGAAAGUAGGUGCUAAAUCUAGUGGAGCUAAGACAAGUGUGUCAAAAAGGGGCCGGGGAGGGAAGACAUCGUUAAAGAGACCAAUGUCUUCUGACGUAACGGGAUCAACAUCAAAGCGACAAAAACAGUCGAGUAUUUUCUCCGCUCUAGGGAGGGGUAGGGAGAAUGACGUCACUGAUACUGAGAAAAGUAGUAUGACAUGUCCUAUUUGUAGGAAAGUCUUCGAAGAAGGAACGAAAAAUGCGGACAUAAAUGCACAUGUUGAUUCCUGCCUUAUUGAAUAGCUAAUGUGUUAUAUUAAUUUUACCAAGCGAGAACAGCAAGGAUUAUGCGUAGAUGCAUUUGACGUGAUUCCACCGCUUGAUAACUAUAGAGCGUUUUCACGUGACGUGACAGCGGCCAUGUUGGUGUGCCAAAAUAAGACAUUUCUAUCCUCCGGGAAUUGAACUCUAUUUUUAUGCAAAAACUGUGCAGAAAGUUUCUAUUGUUUGGCACACCAAUAUGGCUGCCUUGUCACGUGAGUGAAGUGGAGAAGAGGGGAAAGUCAUGUUAAAGUUCACUUUGCGAGCACGAAAAACAAUAUUUUUUAUAAUAGAUUGUAUAAUAAGAUAAUCAUGAUGCCUUUUGAAGUUGAAAACAAUAAUUUUGAAUAAUAUCAAUAAUAUUUAUCAUCCCAGAUAUAUAAUUAUUGCAAAUAAUAAUGGUAUUUAUUGGUGCAGGACACCACGGAUUUUAAAUAAAUUUGUUUUAUUUCUCA